UUCCGCGCAGCUGUGGAGGGAGGUGGUUGUCGGCGUGUAGGAGUGCAGAGGGCGAGAGGUUGCUGGAGGCACCCGUCCGAGGCCUGGGUUGCGGGCAGCGAGUACGCAGCUGAGGCCCGUGCUGAGCCGGCGCUUGUUGUUGCAAGCCGCCCGCCAGUCUGGAUGGGUAAGGAAGAGGACAUGGCCGCCCGGGCCUGGUGGACGAGGGAGGGGUUGCUCGUCUAGCUUUUCCGGGGACCCCCUCCGUGUUGCUCGCUAGGAUCUAGCCGUAGAAGUCAGGCCCUGAGUGCGGGGGCUGGCGGUUGUGGGCUUCAGGCCUACUGGCUGGACUGCGGCCGGCAUAGGCGAUUAUCGUGUGGACGGGGUCCAGCGUAUCUGGGAUGUAGAUGUUAAAAUGUAUUACAGACAGGUACACGUUUUCUGAAUUAAUCUUGAUAAGCGCGGGGUAACCAUUACUGACGCCAUUCUCCUUGCAUGAGGUUAGGUACUUCCCGGAGACACUCGUGCCAAGGUCACUCAGUGAGGGGUUAAAAGCAUUGUUAGCGCGGGUAAAGCGCUCUGUCGGGCCAUGUGGCCUCUCAUCGCAGUCUCGGAAUAGCAAGCGACACUUAGUAGGAAUGCUUUCUAAACAGUUUCCGAAAAACUGAUUUUUGAAUUAGCUCCACUUUAUUUUGAUAAUGCGCUGAUAUUUAAAAAAAAUUUAACCUCAGGUAUAGCAUCAGUGUUACUGGACUCAAUUUUGAGUUUUUGAGCAGUUAUUUCAUGAAUUCUUAGAUUCUGCAUUUUAAAAAGCUACAGUAAAACACCAUGAAAUUACCACGAGUCCUUUGAACGUUUUGCAAAUCUAAAAUCUGUGUGACCUUAUUGAUAGCUUUACUUAGUUGUCAUUCUCAAGUAUGCUAAAGACUAAGAAAAAUACAAAAACGGAAGAAUGAUGGCAUUCUCUAUAAGGGAGAUGGCAGUAGUAAAAUAAGACGUCUUUUUUCUGUUAUUUUUGCUCAAACUAUUGUAAAAUCUUCUAAGGAGAUAAAAAGGAACACAAAGGGCACCAUUGUUGCAGUCUGAGAGCAUUUCAUUGAAAAGUUUGAGAGUUCAGAACUUUUAAAUUAAUACCCAUAAUGGCAAAGAGAUAAUAUGCUAAUGAAGUUUUACAGUGACUUUGAUGAAUCAUAGUUUGAAUGAGAAGAGGCCAUAAAUGAAAAUCCCAGACCAGGAGCUUAAAAUGGUCUGUUGGGUUGAGACUAAAUCUUGAUUAUUUUUCUUGGUGUAGUGAGGCCACAGUCUGUCUUCUGGCUUUGUAAAAUUUCUCAGGAGUUACCAUGUGCUCUUGAAAAAUGGCUUUUGGGCCGCUAAUGGUACAUUAAUACUCAUAAUUGUACAUUACUGUAUGGCUAAUAUUUUUCACUGUUAUGGAAAAAUGUUGGAUACUUCUGUGGAAAUGACAGUACUCCAUUGGAUAGAUUUAGAAAGCACAAGUGAAAGAACAGGUGAAUAAAAUUUCUAGGUUUUAGAAUUUGAUCUGAAAUGGACAGUUCCUACAUGAAAAUGUUAAAGGCCUUAUAUGUGAUUUUGCCUUAAUUGAUGUAUAAUGGCAUAACGUGACUAAAUCAAAUUUUGCAUUACGUGGAUAUUAGCUGUUUGUGUUAGCAUUUAUUUGUUCAGGGAAACUAUAUCACAUUUACAAAUUUUAUAUUGUCAAAUCUGUUUAAAGCAAAGAACAAUUGACGAAUAAAAAACAAUUUUGAGAGGGAUUUGGAGAAUACAUAUCAGGAAUGGAUUCUCUCGACUGUAUAACGCCAUCUGAUUCAGCUGUGGAAAUUGAAAAUCAAAGUGAUAACUCUUCCUCUGGUAGCAGCUUAUUUAAAACUCAGUGUGUUCCUUACUCACCUAAACCAAGGCAAAGAAACUUGAUUAGAAAAUUUGUUCAUUCAGCUGAAAAUGUUCAAGCAAGAGAUUCAUCUAGUGACUCAUCUUUUGAACCAAAACCAUUGACUUUAAAAGCUAUUUUUGAAAGAUUCAAACAAAAAAAAAGGAAACAUAAAAAGAGGAAAUGUAAGCCAACAGGAAGACCAAGGGGAAGACCAAAAGGAAGGAGAAACACUAGAAGCUCACAAAUAAAAAGGAAACAUAUAAAAAACAAAGGACAUGGAUUCCCAUUUUUAGAAUCAAAGAAUGGAAGAAAACCAUUACCUUGGAGAAAAAUUUUAACCUUUGAGCAAGCAGUAGCAAGAGGAUUUUUCAACUACCUUGAAAAACUGAAGUAUGAAUACCACCUCAAGGAAUCCUUGAGACAAAUGAAUGUCGGCGAAGAUUUAGAAAAGGAAGACCUUGAUAGUCGUAGAUACAAAUACUUGGAUGAUGAUGGAUCCAUCUCUCCUAUGGAAGAGUCAGCAGCAGAGGAUGAGGUUGCAACAAAUCUUGAACAUGAUGAUGAAUGUGAUAUCAAAUUGGUGGAGGAUAAUUAUUUCAUAAUAAGUUCUGAAUUACCAAAGAAGAUGAAUGUAUAUUUAGAACAAGAGGAAUAUACUGAAGAAGCUGCUUUAUCUAAAAAGAAGGCGUCAAAGGCCAAAAACAUUGACAGAGGACAGAAUGGCCUGAAAAGAAGAUAGGUAUAUGAAUGUCAAGGAGUGAAUAUGAUUUGAACGUUACUCAUGUUUAGAGGUAAGUUGAGUAAUUGAUUUCUAUUGAAAAUUAUUAACGAUUCAAAAGUGUUGAAAAAAUAUAAAUUAAGAGUACAGCAUUCCAUUACUGUUGUGACUAGUAGUUAUUUAGGUAUAAAACAGAAUUAUUAAGAUCUUGGCCAAAGUAUUUGCCAUAUUAUUUGUAUUUAUAUACAGAAUUGGGGAAAAAACUGCAGAGUGUAUGUCUAGGGCUACCAAAUGAAAAUGCCUCCAUUUUUGUACCCUUUUAUUGAAUUGACAAUUCCGUAUGGAUCAUCCUAAUAACAUUAUACUUCAAUAUGUUACGAUAUGGAUUUUGCAUUUCUUAUAAAGAAUUCUGUCCAAUAAGAGCAACCAUGAUAUUUAUUUCUAGUGCAUUCUUUCUUUUAGUGAUUUGACUCAAUUCUGUCUGUAAGUGUAUAUAGAGAUGGGAUAAAGAUAAUGAUUACUCAGUUUAUAGUUUAAAAUGCAGUUAAUGUAGUUCCCUCAUUGAAAUGACAAUUAGGAAUGAAGGUGAAUUUAUUUUACUUGUUACAGGAACUUAGAUUUUUAGAGAUUUGUAAAAAUAAGUUUAUAUUAGUUCAGUCAUGAUUGCACUGCAUGGUAUCUGCAUUCAGCAGUUGAUUCCUGCUGGGUGUUCAAAGGACAGUGCGAUAUAAAUUCAGUAUCUGGCAUCGUUGGUUUUCUUGGCUUCAUGCAUGUUAAACCUGGUAUUUUUAUUGAUACAGUAUU